ACAGGGUGCACAUUGGCUAACGGGGCGAUGAUGACGUUCCUUUAUGAUGACAGUCGGCAGAUUUCUGCGCGCUCUGCUGCUGUGCAAUAACGGUGAUUGUAGUAGAUUUUGUAGUAAAAGUUUGUCUGGUCUGUAAACAAAAACGCAGAGAGUGUUAUCAGUAGAUUGUCAUCCUAGUUGACCUUGUUAGUGCGUUAUUUUUAUGAAUGACUUUUCUUCUUUGCGAUCCUCUUGUUAGACCAAUCGUGUGUGAAAGUGUUUUCGGAAUUCGCAAACAUAUUUGCAUACGAGGAAGUAAUACAGACAAAAUCUAUUUGAUAAGCGUUUGUCAAAAGAAAUUGCAUGUGUGUUGUUGUGAGCCGAAUCCAUCCGACGACCAUCAGUCAGUGUUUAGCAGUCGAUACGAGUGGAUGUAAAAUUACAUUGAAAUUGCAAGGGGUGGUGUGGACAAUAGGAACAAAGCAUUGAUCGGCGGUGGAACAUUAUUACUACGUAAAAAAUGCGAUUAAUUUCGGUUUUGUUGCUGCUCAUGGUGGCGGCCACCGCUUAUGGCACGAUUUUCGGAUCUGGCGUGAAAUUUGUGACGGAUCUGCAUAAGAAACUGCGGCGGAGAUACGAUGAACGCUUCGAACGGAGAUUGUCGCCGGUAAUUUUUGUUCCCGGAGACGGAGGUAGCCAAAUGGACGCCAUCAUCAACAAGAAAGACUCGGUCCAUUUCUAUUGUCAGAAAUCUUCGAGCACCUAUUUCAACAUUUGGUUGAAUAAAGAGCUCCUGGUCCCAUUUGUCAUCGACUGUUGGAUCGACAACAUACGCUUGGUAUACAAUAGUACCACGAGAAAAACUUCGAACGCACCUGGUGUGGAGACUCGCAUACCCGGCUUCGGUUCGUCGGAAACCGUCGAGUGGAUUGAUCCGUCCCACGCCAGUGAAGGGGCAUACUUUGUGAACAUUGGCAACGCAUUGGUGCAGAAUGGUUACAAACGUGAUCUCUCUAUUCGGGGAGCGCCAUACGACUUCCGGAAAGCACCAAAUGAGAACAAAGAGUGGUUCAUCAAACUGAAACACCUGGUCGAGGAGACUUACACCUUGAACGAUGACACCCCAAUCACCUUUAUCGUGCAUAGCAUGGGUGGUCCAAUGACGUUAUUGUUUCUUCAAAUGCAAACUCAACAGUGGAAGGAUCAGUACAUUCGACGUGUAAUUUCCCUGGCGGGUGCUUGGGGCGGAAGCGUAAAAGCCUUGAAGUGCUUUGCUGUGGGUGACGAUUUGGGUGCUUUUGCACUUAGCGGAAAGGUAAUGAGAGCAGAGCAGAUUACCAAUCCAUCACUGGCUUGGCUGAUGCCUAACCCAUUGCUGUGGAAACCAAAUGAAGUUAUGGUUAGGUCUCUAUCCAGAACUUACACCAUGGAUCAGUUGGAGGAAUUCUUUCAGGAUCUUGAUUACAUCAACGGUUGGGAAAUGAGAAAAGACAGCUUGGAGUAUGCACUCAAUUUCACCGCACCAGGUGUGGAACUGCAUUGUAUGUUUGGCUCAGGGUUCAACACCGUUGAAAGUCUAAACUACGAAAAAUCGUACGACUUCUCCGGUAAACCCACACUGGUUUACGGAGACGGUGAUGGAACCGUCAAUCGACGUUCCCUCGAAGCAUGUCGGCAUUGGAGUAGCCAACAAAAGCAGCCAAUUUAUAUGCGCGAAUUUCCAGGCGCUGACCAUAUGAACAUCCUGGCAGAUUUGAGCGUACUGGACAGCAUCAUCAAAGUACUAAUGUAUGAUUAGGGCGGCGUAGCCGACAAGUUUACUUUUCAAUUGAUGGAUAUUAUUUCUCUUAUACCAAAUAGAGAGUACGAGACUUGAAGCUUAUAAGCAAUAUUGUAGAUUAGUAUGCGUUUGACAUGAGUUAAAAAUGUGUGUGUGCACCUCAAUACUGUACUGUUGCUAUACGUAUAACUCAGUUGUAGAAUGUCUUGGCAGCGGUCGUUUCUCUUAGCGGAUAGAUACAGAAAAUUGAUUCAGUAAACAAUAGAUUUCAUGGUGCAGUACAAGGAACAGUAGUUGUGCGAUAGGACAAGAAGAACAAGAGCAACAACUGAUCAAAGUAAUGAAAAUAGUUAUUAUUAUGAUACGAGAAACUAUUAUAAAAUGUAAGUUUCUGGACAACACCCAUCACUAGACAAGAAUUUACAGAAACAAAUUAAAUAAAUAGAUAUUUAAACAAAAUCAAUUUACGCAUAUACGAUCGCAGCUGAUCAAAAUUAAUUUAUUUUCCUGUUGUAGCUUGGUUUGGUUCAACAACGUUGAUGAAAAUGAAUCUUAUAUGUCGUUUGUUUUCUAACAAAAAAAAAAAAAGAGCAGUGAAUAAUAGAAUGUGUAAAUCUAGUAAUGCUGAAAUAGUU